AUGACGGAAAAGAGCAAGGUGUUACUGGUUGGCUCUGGUGGAGUAGGAACAAUUGCUUCGUACGCUUUGGAAUACGCGGGUAAAACAGCUGUCACCUCUGUUCUGCGUUCGGACUAUUCCAAAGUGGUGGAAAAAGGGUUUUCGAUCGACUCCUGCGAUUACGGCCAGGUGCCUGUGUUCAGACCUACCAAUAUUGUGAAUAGUGUGGAGGCAAGCAAGGAAUAUGGUCCUUUUGAAUACGUGGUAGUAGCUACAAAAUGCCUUCCCGAGAUCGACAGCAUGAUCGAUGUCAUCGCACCGGUCGUAACAGCCGACACAGCUAUCGUUCUGAUCCAGAACGGCAUUGGCAUUGACGUUGAGGCUAAAACCAAAUUUCCUCAAAAUAUUGUCUUGAGCGGCGUUAGUAUGAUCGGUUCUGCGAACAGAAAUGGGCACAUAGAACAUGAAGCCCCAGACUUUCUCAAAGUAGGAUACUUUGACAACGAGAAUCUAGAUCAAGCAGAUAUGGAAAAAGUGUGCCGCAAAUUUGUGAAGCUCUAUUCGAAUGACAAAAACGAAUGCCACUUUGACGAAAAUGUAAAGUUUUCUAGAUGGCGCAAGCUGGUUUACAAUGCCUGUUUAAAUUCCGUAUGUGCUUUGACUGGUGUCGACUCGGGCCGCCUGGAGCUGUUUGGAGGCGUUGACUCUAUAAUUCGUACAGCCAUGAGGGAGGUCAUUACGAUUGCCAAAUCUGACGGAGUUGAAUUGCCAGAAGAUGUAAUCGAAUUUAUGAUUCGCUCGGACGAUCCAGUAUACUACUGUCCGUCCAUGCUGGUGGACAUUAAAAAGGGCAACUUGCUGGAAAUCGAAGUGAUAGUCGGGAACCCAGUAAGAAUUGCGCAGAGAAAUGAUGUUUCCGCACCCUAUCUCACACUCAUUUAUGAGCUUCUCAAGGUGGUUCAACAACAUAUUAUGGAGCAGAAGGGAAUGAUCACAGUACCAAAAGAGAGGCCGGUUCCCAGAUAA